CUUCUAUCUUUUCCGGCUGCACGGGCCACUCGGAGAUGCUAGUCCUGAACGGGACUAGGGGCGCCCGCUUCCCGCGGGCAACUGGCAGCCAACGGGCAACCUCUCGCUAUCAGCCCCGGGGAGCCGAUACCAUCACCGCGCAUUCCUGCCUGCCUCUCUCGCUUUGUCCGUCCAUUCCUCCUUCCUUCCUUUUUAUUUCUCUUCUUUAUCUCCCCCUCCUCAUUCUUCACCACAUUCACCGCACUCUCACCACACCAUCCUCCAUCAUCAUCAUCAUGUUGGGUCGUUGUGGACGUCAGGCCUCGCGCCUGCUCCCGCGCACUGCAAGCUCCGGCAUUCGCUCCACCAUCCCUCUCCAGCUCCGUCCUGCCUCGGCCACUCCCCUCCGACUGUCACUGCAAGCCCGCAGUGUAUCCUCCUCCUCGCCCGCUCGCGAUGGCCAGCAAACGCUGCUCUCCGCACCCCUCGAGGAGGCCGACUCCGCCAUCUAUGAAAUCCUCCAGAAGGAGAAAAAACGCCAACAGCAUUUCAUCAACCUCAUCCCCUCCGAGAACUUCACAUCGCAAGCUGUCCUCGAUGCCCUGGGCAGUGUUAUGCAAAAUAAAUACUCGGAGGGAUACCCCGGUGCCAGAUACUACGGAGGAAACGAACACAUUGACGCUUCCGAGCGGCUCUGUCAGCAGCGUGCGCUCGAGACCUUCGGCCUCAACCCCGAGGAAUGGGGUGUGAACGUUCAACCGCUGUCCGGCUCCCCCGCCAACCUGUAUGCCAUUUCCGCCCUCCUGAACACACACGAUCGCCUGAUGGGCCUUGACUUGCCCCACGGUGGCCACCUGUCCCACGGCUACCAGACCCCCACCAAGAAAAUCUCCUUCAUUUCGAAAUACUUUGAGACGCUGCCCUACCGGCUGGAUGAGUCCACGGGCCUCAUUGACUACGACAGCCUGGAGAAGCAGGCUCUUCUCUACCGCCCCAAGCUCAUCAUCGCCGGUACCUCGGCCUACAGCCGCUUGAUUGACUACCCCCGCAUGCGCCAGAUCGCCGACGCCGCCGGCGCAUACCUGCUGAGCGAUAUGGCCCACAUUUCAGGUCUAGUGGCUGCUGGCGUGCUUCCAUCGCCCUUCGCCUACUCGGACGUGGUGACCACCACCACCCACAAGUCCCUCCGCGGUCCCCGUGGGGCGAUGAUCUUCUACCGCAAGGGUGUCCGUCGGACGGAUAAGAAGGGCAACCCGGAGAUGUAUGACCUGGAGGGCCCGAUCAACGCGUCCGUGUUCCCCGGUCACCAGGGCGGCCCUCACAAUCACACCAUCACCGCCCUGGCCGUGGCGCUGAAGCAGGCCCAGUCGCCCGAGUUCAGAACCUACCAGGAGACGGUCUUGUCCAACGCGAAGGCCUUGGCGGAGCGUUUGGGCAACCCGCUCAGUAACGGAGGCUUGGGAUACAACAUCGUCUCCGGUGGCACGGACAACCACCUGGUCCUGGUCGACCUGAAGAACCGUGGUGUGGACGGUGCGCGUGUGGAGCGCGUGUUGGAGCUGUGCGGCGUGGCCAGCAACAAGAACACGGUGCCGGGCGACAAGUCGGCGCUGAAGCCCGGUGGUCUGCGCCUGGGCACGCCCGCCAUGACGACGCGGGGCUUCCAGCCCGAGGACUUCCGCCGGGUGGCCGACAUUGUCGACCGGGCCGUGAUCAUUACGCAGAAGCUGGACAAGGCGGCGAAGGAGAGCGCGGCGGCCAAGGGGGGGAAGAACCCGAACACGGUCAAGGCCUUCCUGGACUAUGUGCGCGAGGGGGAGGAAAUCCCGGAGAUUGUGCUGCUGCGGCAGGAGAUUUUCAUUUCCAUGUACUUCCCAAUGCGAUGGGGGGAGCUUCCCCGUCUUAUCUCCGCACGGGAUGUCGAUAGCGGCCAGUUCCCCGACGGGCAUCGUGUCCGCGACUCAGCCAGGCUCGAGCAAUGUGUCUGCCUCCUCCUCCUUCACCAUAGUGACCGCAUACAAGCAGUGACCAUGCAAAUCAGCGAGCUCUACACCUACCCCAUCAAAUCCCUUCAAGGGAUCCCCCUCUCCACCGCUCGACUCACGGCCCGCGGCUUCCCCUACGACCGGCGCUUCAUGCUCCUGAAGAUCAUCCACAAUGAAGAUGGCACCUCAACCCUGAAGAACAUGCACGUCCCUCACUUCCCGGAAAUGUCUCUCUUCUACACGGACCUCGUCUAUCCCUCCGUGGAUGGCACCGAGCGGGGCCGAAUCAUUGUCACGUAUCGUCCGCCCGGCAAUGCGGAGGGCCGCACCCUCGAGGUCCCACUGCAGCCGGAUACCCGGGGUCUGGAGGAGUUGGCCAUUGUGAUGCAUCAGAGCCCGACCAAGGGGUAUAACAUGGGAGAGCAGUAUAAUCAUUGGUUCAGUGAGUGCUUCGGAUACGGAGUCGUACUGGCGUAUCUCGGACCGCAUUCGAGGGAGGUGCUGGGGAGUUUUGCACCGGACAAAAGCGUUGCUCAUAUGUCGAUGCACCAUAGUUGGAUUAGCAUGCGGGCGGUGGGGGGUUUAGUGGUUGCGACCCUUCUGUUGAAUUGGCUUGCUGGUCCGGAGGAGACUUCUGUAGUGGCAAUGCUACCGAGUCUCGGGGCGACGGUGGUAGCAGUGCUGCUGUCGGUCUGGACGCGGUAUGGAGGUGGAUGGGCGCGCAAGAAGGAGGAGGAGGAGGAGGAACGGAUCACCUUUGCUGAUACGGCGCCGUAUCUGCUCGUGUCGCGGACGUCAGUGGAUAAUGUGUCGGCGCGGUUGGCGGGUGACGAGGAAAUGGAUGUCACCAAGUUCCGGCCCAAUAUCGUGGUGGCCGGGGCGGACACGGCCUUUGAGGAGGACUUUUGGGCGGAGUUGACGGUGGACCAGGAACAUGACCAGGAUCAGAAUCAGGAUCAGGAUCGAAGUGCAGAGGGAUCAGCGAAGUUGUUGCUCACGGCCAACUGCGUACGAUGCCAGAGUCUCAAUGUUGACUAUGCGACGGGGAAGAUGGGCACGGGUGAGUCGGGCACGGUGCUCAAGAAGCUGAUGAAGGAUCGUCGAGUGGAUAAGGGGGCCCGGUUCAGUCCCGUGUUUGGACGAUAUGCGUUUCUGGAUGGGAGGUCAGAUGGCCGGACGGUGCAAGUGGGCGAUGCGGUGGUGGUGGCCAGACGGGUCGAGGAGCGUAUGGUCUAUGGUAGCAACACCAUGAGUGAAUUUCCCCCGGCCAGUCUCCGUCCUCUAAUCGAGGAAGUCUUCGAGCUUCUUCGCGCCCGCGUGGAGACCGUCUCCGUUGCUGAGACGGCAGCCGGCGGCCUCAUCUCCGCCUGUCUCCUCUCCACCCCGGGCGCAUCUGCCAUCUACAAAGGCGGACUGACCGUCUACACCCUCGAAUCCCGCGUCACCUACACCGGCUGGACUCUCCAGCACGUCGACGGCUACGCGGGCCCAACCCCCAGCAUCGUGGCGGAGAUCGCCCAGAACGUGCGGUCGACGCUGCAAUCCACCUAUACGAUCUGCGAGAGCGGGACGGCCGGGCCAACGGGAGGAACGACUCGGAAUCGGACCCCCGGAUAUGUGGCAGUUGCGGUGGCGACGCCAUCCGGGACGGUGACGCGGGAGGUUGAGACAGGCAGUGCGGAACGGGCGAACAAUAUGGUGCUGUUUGCUGGGGAGGGUUUGCGACUGUUGAGAGAUGUGUUGGUUGGGGAGAAUCGACCCAAGUUCUUUCACGGGGUUACCAAUACACCGAGACUGGAAGGCAGAAGAGUCCAAAAGUGCCGAAAUUACGUCAAAACGGGAAACACGGCACCGCCCCGGUGGGACACCGCCACAUCUUAUUUGAGUGUCAGCCAAUGGGCGGUCAGCUGGUCUGCCCUACGCGGGCAGAAUUAUCUCAUUGCGGAUUCGACUGUGGCGCAGCGGACGGUCGCCGAGACAGGCAGUCACGACUCCGUCCAUCAGUCAUUUCUUUCUACUCAAGCGCCUCGCCGGCUCACCCUUCGCCUUUCCGACAUUGAUUCCCCCCCUCUUCCCCCGUUCAUCCGGUCCUCCGUUCCUCCUCGUCUGUCUCUGUGCUCCCCUCGCGGGGUCAUGGAUUACUCCGUCAACCUCCGCCGCAAGGAUACCACCAAGGGUCCGCCCUUGAGGAUCCUGUCGCUCGAUGGCGGCGGCGUGCGUGGGUACUCCAUGCUUAUCAUCCUCCAAGAACUCAUGUACCGCAUCUACGUCGAAUGCGAAGGCAAGGCCCCUCGUCGCGAAGAAAUCCCCAAACCUUGCGAUCACUUCGACCUCAUCGUCGGCACCGGCACCGGCGGGCUGAUCGCCCUCAUGCUGGGUCGUCUUCGCCUCGACCUCGAGACCUGCAAGGAUGUUUACGUCCGCAUGACCCGCCGCGUGUUCGAAACCGACAAGACCUUUGCUGGCAUCCCCUUCCACAAAACGCUGUUCAAGGCCUCCAAGCUGGAGGAGGCCAUUCGGGAGUGUGUCCGCGAGCAUACCGUCUUCGAAGCCGAGGGCAACGAUCUGAGCCCGACGGCACACAAUUCUCUGGCCAGCGCCCCCUUCAGUCCCAACUCCAUGUCCAUUCCCCAGCGCUCGGGCAGUCGGGCCAGCUUCAGCACCACCACCUCCCAUUCCUCGGGACAUGGCAGCCAGCGCAAUUCGACCUUUGUGAAUGGGUUGCGCUGGGGAAACCCGGAUGCGCUGCUCUAUGAUAAUCGCGAAUAUCGCACCAAAACUGCUGUUACCGCCCUCUACAAAGGUACUACGUCCCGCAACGGCUCGUCCGUCUUCCUCCGAUCCUAUGAUUCACGCAAAGAACCCCCGCCCGAGUUCAACUGCACCAUCUGGCAGGCCGGUCGAGCCACUUCCGCCACCGGUCUAGCCUUCAAGCCCAUCCAGAUCGGUCAACACGUCUUCGUUGACGAAGGCGCCGGCACCUACAACCCCGCGCCACAGGUCCUGGACGAAGCGACCGUGAAUGAGUGGCCCGGCCGCGAGGUGGGCGCAUUCAUCAGUAUCGGCACCGGCAAGCGCCCGCCCGGCACCAACAACCGACAGCACGAAUGGUGGGAGGACUUCUUCGGGGAUGCGCUCGGCAUCUUUGCGGAGGCCCGUCGGCGCCUGAUCGCCAAGAUCGAGGGGUGCGAGGAUAUCCACCUGGCGAUGCUGCGCGACCACCUGGCCAAGCGCAACGUCAGCAAGGACAACUACUACCGGCUGAAUGUCGAGGUGGGAGUGGGCGAGUUUGGCAUGAACGAAUGGAACCGGCUGGCGGACAUCAGCACCAACACGCGCCGCUAUCUGACCCGACCGGAGGUGAAGCGACAGAUCCUGGAUGCGGGCGUCAAGUUCGCCAAGAUUGAGCGCCAACACCGCCGGCUGGCCCAGCAUGCCGCCGCGGGCCACGAGCAGUACGGCGGCGCGGGCGAUGAUGGCACCUCAUCCAUCAUUCAUAGUCCCGUGCUGUCGGUGCCGCCGCUGCCGCACCCGACCGCCGUGGAGCUGCCAGCAGAGCUCCCCGGCGACUUUGUUCCCUACAUCACGACGGAGGAUGCGCUCCCAGCACACCCUACGCCGCAGGACAGCCUGCUGCCAUCCCCACGGUUAUCGGGGGACCUGGGUAGUCCCGGUAGCGGGGAGGUUAGUCGCCCGAGCUCGCAGACGUACGGGUCGUCGCGACCCAGCAUGGAGCAUGGGCACGAGGGGAUGCCGCCGCCGGUGCCCCCCAAGACACCCAUUCCCUAUCCGUCAGAGUAUCCCAGCGAACUGGGCGGGAUUCCGAUGCCAAUGCCAACGACGGCGAGCAGUCCGGGGCACCAUGGGCGGAGUGAGAGUGGGAAGGUUCGACCACCGUACCCAGUGGAUGAGCCGCCGGUGGUGAACAAGCACCGGAAACCGAGCUACCAUGUGCGGUGAUGGGGGGUGACUUAUGUUUCUUCUUGUAUCUUUUUUUUUUUAUGAUUCUCCUGUGUAUGAUGGAGGCGUCUACAUUUGAGUCCAUGGGGGACAGGGGCGAGCGUUUCCGGUAAUGAUUUGAUGGAUACCCUAAUGAUAUGAUUACUUGAUGC